AUGGUUUCCUUUCUGGACGACACCGCUCGGGCCGCGCUUGAGGCCGAGUCCCAAACUAGAUCCCCAAAAAUAUCAUCAGCAGACUUUAACUACUCUUUCAGCCAGGACGCAGAAGAUGAAGGGGUGAUUUCGAUAGAAGAGUUCCAGGCGAACCAACGACCUGCAAGUACGCCUGCUGAGCAGAAGUCUUCGUCGGUUGCUGAUUCGUCUCCGGUGGACCACAGGACACGAGUUCUGUAUCCAGAGUUCAAGCGCAGACAGCGCGACUCGCCUCACUGGACUCAGGGGACGCAUGCAGGCGUGACCCUGGACCAUGUUCGUGACUACCUGACCUGGUUCGGCACGCUCUCUCCGUCAAACAAGCAUAUUGCAGACACCGCGGUGAACAAAAUACAGAAAUAUUUUGAGAAAAAGAAUCAAGAGGAGUCUGCGCAGGAGAACAUACAGCAGGUUCCAGAAAGCCCUACACCAGAUAACUCGCAUAACGGGAUUGAAUCGAUCAUGGAGACGCCUGUCAAACACGGUAGCACUCUUGUCUCGCCUGCUAAAGCUGAAAAAGCGAAUACACUUCCUUUGAAGGAAAACAAGGUUCUUCUGAACAAGCCUCUGGAAGGAAGACGUAUGAUAAGCACCUCCUCCGCUGCAUAUGCCAAGUUAGAGCUUUUGACGCAGAAAGAAAGCUUGUUUGCCGAUGUUAAACGGAAAAACGACACAAACGAAAUGAAAGAGCCUGAAGUGAAACGCGUUCAGGCAGUCACGCUAAGCGAGGAGCAAAACCAGGUGAUUGAGCUUGCAAGGCAAGGUCACAACUUGUUCUAUACUGGUUCUGCAGGUACGGGUAAGUCUCUCUUGCUUAGGUCAUUGAUUAAGUCAUUAAAAAAACAGCAUCCCCUGGGAAGUGUCGGUGUCACUGCCUCAACAGGGCUCGCCGCUUGUAACAUAGGAGGACAAACAUUACAUUCUUUUACUGGAAUUGGAUUAGGUGACGCGCCAGCUGAUAAAUUGGUAAAGAAAAUCAAACGGAACCCUAAAAUGAAGGAAAGAUGGAGAGAUCUGGAGGUUUUGGUCAUAGACGAGGUUUCUAUGAUCGAUGCCGCUUUAUUUGAUAAGCUCGACAUGAUUGCUCGCGAAAUGAGAAAACGGCGCGAUGUUCCAUUUGGAGGGCUCCAGUUAGUCAUCUGUGGCGACUUUUAUCAGCUCCCCCCAGUGACCAAGCACGGCGAACCAGUUUUUGCCUUCGAAUCACAAGCGUGGAAACAAGCCAUCAAAUAUACGAUUGUGCUCAAGAAAGUUUUCAGACAGCAGUCGGACCGCGACUUUAUCAACAUGUUGAACGAGGUCCGUAAUGGGAAUGUCUCCGAAGCGACUGCAAGAAAGUUCAGAGCUCUUUCUCGUCCUCUGGCUUCCAAAGAAGGUGUGAUUCCUGCAAAGCUGUUUCCCACGCGACGGGAGGUCGACAGAGCCAACAGUACGAUGUUGAAACAACUUCCGGGCGCGGAAGUUGUUUUCAGGGCUUUCGACGGUGGCUCGCUAACCGACGAGGAUCAGCGGCAGCGGUUACUAUCAAGUUUUCUUGCUCCUGAACGAAUCGCACUGAAGAAGGACGCUCAGGUCAUGUUGAUCAAGAAUAUGGACGAGACUCUAGUCAAUGGUUCCUUGGGCAAAAUCGUGGACUUCAUUGAUCCUGAUACCUAUACGCAUUAUCGAUCUAUCAAAAGUGAUAAGGUUGACAUCAAAACACUAGAGGAAAAGGCCGCCAACUCGAUGAAUAAAGGUCCUUCAAAGCGAGACGAGAAACAUUUAAUUGAAAAUUCUACUGUUUUGGAAAGCCAGCUGGACGAGAAUGUUUUUUCAUUCUUGAAAGAGCUCAAGGAGGAACAGCCUGAGGAUCUCCCUGAGUCGGCACAGAGGAACAUAGAACGCAAGAUAGAGCUGUUGAACCAGCUGUACAGCAGUUCUAAGAACAGAAGAAUGCCUCUUGUUCGUUUCAUUCAGGCCGAUGGAACCACGCGUGAGGUGCUGAUUGAGCCCGAAACUUUCAGUCUCGAGGAUGAGUUUGAUAGACCAAUUGUUUCACGUACGCAAAUUCCGCUAAUUCUCGCCUGGUCAUUAAGUAUACACAAGUCACAGGGGCAAACUCUACCAUUAGUCCAAAUUGACUUGCGGAAUAUUUUUGAGCGCGGCCAGGCCUACGUUGCGCUUUCGAGAGCCACUCACAGAAGGGGAUUGCAGGUUAGGAACUUCGAUCCUUCAAGGAUACUCACUCACGAGAAAGUGGUUGCCUUUUACGAUAGUCUGAUGACGGUGGACGAAAUUAAGGACCGCGAGGAGAGCAAGCGCAAGACUACCGGUUUUGUUUCCGGUACGCAGCUGAAUAGGCUGGAGAACCUGGCGGACAAUGUGGCAGAUGCGGGCGACUUUGUGAACGAGAAGGAUAAUGUAAUAGAUGAGUUCGACUCCGUGUGGAGCGGACAGUAA